AUGAGCAGCACGCAGUAUGAUAAUGGAAAGAUGGAAAUCAGACGCGUCGAAAACCACCCGCGCGUAAAGAGGUUCGGCGCCGGAAAAUCCCAGCAGCUCAGCCCUAUGGGUGAUGACAUGCAACUCCCGCCGCCUGGCAGCACUGCCAUCCGCGACCCCCUGCGCUGGCUUCACCCAACAAUCCCAAUGCCUGCCUACCACUCCAUCUUCCUAGAGGAUCGGGAUGUCCCCGUAAUAGGCAACUUUCCUGUCCUCCCCCUCCGAACCCGCACGCGCGGCCCCGCAUACACACUCCCCCCGCUACCGCCCAAUGUCUCCGAUGCCGAUGUUCCCCCCGAUAGCGACUCCUACGACUGUGUCGAUGAGAUCCUGUCUCUAUUUCGUGCCAAUGUCCUGUUCCGAAACUUUGAGAUCAAUGGACCGGCCGACCGUAUGCUCAUCUAUGGAACCUUGUUUAUAAGCGAAUGUUUGGGGAAGGUCCGGCCGGGGAUGACGUCUCUUGAGGCUAGCAAGGCCUUGAACAAUGUCGCUCUGGAACAAUUUGCAAUUCCCGGUGAUGCGUCAUUCCCCCUUAACCAAGCCUUCGAGCCGCCUCGAGAUCGCCAGGAUGCUGAAGGUCUCAGAGCAUAUCUUUCUCAAGUCCGGCAGGAGAUUGCGAUUCGGCUACACACUAGACUAUACCCUGACGGAGAUGGCCCUUCAAAGUGGUGGCUUAGCUUUGCGAAGAGAAAGUUCAUGGGAAAGAGUUUCUAA